AUGUAUGCAGGUACCGAGAUACUUGAAGCCUUUCCAGGCACAAGGCGGUUCUUUGGCGGGGUCGGAAGCGAUCCUGCGCUGUCAUUGGCCAGCUGGCGGCAUGUCAGCCUGGCACGCGCGGCUGUGAAGGGCGGCUCUGGCUUUUCCUCCAUUCACGCUUUGGACACAAGCGACUUCUUCCAGGGAUCGCGAGGCGCCAACGAACCGCCCUCAAAGAAAGAUGGACAGACAGACAGAAUAAGCGCAUCUCGACACGUUUGCUCUCCUGAUGUAUGUCGACCGCAUACCGGCCUCAUGUCGUCAUUCCUCAACGACCUCCAGUCCGGUCUGGAUUGGCAGAGACCAGACCGUCGUGGCUGGGGCUUUACCUCAGCACCAACGCCUGAGACGCCGCGUUAG